AUGCGAGUUCUUGCGAUUAUAGUGCUCUUUACCCUUCGGCUUACCACGGUUUUCACGGAAGAGGCUUCAGAGUACUUCGACGAAUAUUGGAUUUACAGAGAAGCUUUCAGGUUUUUCCAGGAAUGCGGCGACAAGAAUUUUGUUAUUUGUUUUAAGGAAAGAUCUUUGAGAUAUUUAGAGAAUCUACCGAAUACCAUUGAUCUCGGUGGAGGGUUAACAAUAAAGCAGAUCGACGGGAAUAGAACAUCUCGACAGCAUGCCUCAGUUAUUUUGCCAGACGAACCGAAAGCUAGGGAAGAAGCACUGGAUAAAGCAUUAUUGGAAAGAUUCACCGAUUAUAUGAGUUCUCACAGCUUUGAGUACAAAAUGCCGGUUGAUAGUUUCACUGAUCUGGAAAAGUCAAUAGAAGAAGGAAGAAAAAAGAAAGGCGGCGGCGGAGGAAAUCGCAUGAGAUCAUUACUAAUGUUACUUCAACUCAAAGCUGCUAUCCUCGCAGCCAUUGCUUUGAAGUUCAUUGGAUUAGUGGCCUUCAAAGCUCUACUACUGGCGAAAAUUGCGCUAACAAUAGCGAGCAUGGUCGCUCUGAAGAAACUAGUGGAGCAAAAAUCACACACGUCUACAUAUGAGGUGUAUGCACACCCUCACUAUGACGAGCAUUUUUUCGACAGAUCUUUGCGCCAGGAAUUACCUUAUAGGGGUCAGAUAGGAGCAGCGAGGAGCGGCAACUAA